AUGGCUUCCGACUCCGCUGCAAACACCCCCGGUGCCGACUCCGCCGCUGCAACUCCCUCCGCCACCACCACCACCAACCCCCAAGUGCGUCCCGGCGGCGCCCCGAUUAGAAGAUACAUGAAUGAGAAGAUUGUGCCGCAUCUUCUUGAUGGGAUGACGGUCGUUGCGAAGGAGCAACCACCCAACCCCCUCCGCGUCCUCGGCGAAUACCUCAUCCAGAAGAGCAAUGAAAUCGAACAGCAGGGUGUUUCGAAGACUCCGGAGUAG